AUGGCGGCCACCUCCUCCACCUCCUACUUCCCCUCGCAGUCGCAGCUGCCGGCGUCCAGCGCCACCGCUACAACCAGCAUCAGCAACGGCCGGCAGCCGCGGAGGCAUCGGACGGGCAGCUGCGUCAUGCUCGAGGCGGCCUCCGGUGGCGGCGCGGUGGGGAGGAGGACCAGGAGCCUCAUGGAGGAGGACCUUGAGGAGCUCAAGGGUUGCCUCGACCUCGGCUUCGGCUUCUCUUACCAUGAGAUCCCGGACCUUUGCGGGAUGCUCCCUGGUCUGGAGCUCUGCUACUCCAUGACGCGGAGGUUCCUCGACGAGCAGAGGACGGUGGUCGGGCAGCUGGAGCCCUCCGCGGUGGCGCCGCCGCCCAUCCCGGACUGGAAGAUCUCCAGCCCUGGUGAUCAUCCCGACGAGGUUAAAGCUCGGCUCAAGUAUUGGGCACAGACAGUGGCAUGCACAGUCAAACUCUGCACCUAGUGGAGGUCGGGACUUGGGAGUUUGCGAGUUCAUCCCAUG